UCAUCCUUAAAAGUUUAAGUUUAAAUUUCUCAUUUCCAAAUAAUUCAUUACAAGCUAAGGCCAAUGCAUAAUGCUUAUGUAAAUAAAUGUGGGCCAGUUGUCGCAACGUACUUUGACUUGACUUUCUUGAAGGGAAGAUUAUGAUAGAAGUUAAGGAUGUGACCAAGAUGUUUGAGAAUGAUUUCAUGUCACCUCACAAGUUGCAACAUCAUCAGAAUAUUGACCUUGCUUCAUGUGAUAGUUUCCUUGAUUCAUUAACGAGCGACAGCCAUGACUACCAGGAUUCUGACCUUGAAGUUGCUAAUGUUCUUUCUAAUACAAAAGAUGGAAAGAAAAUUGACAACAGCAAAAUAAAUGUCAAGUCUCCUGGUAGUGGUUCUGGUAGUGGAAGUGGUAAUAAUGUGAACCCAUCACCAUACAGGCCAUCCACAGUUAUCACCAAUUUUACUCGGGGCAACGUCCAGACCAAUACACCAUCGAUUGUUGAGCAUAUGAGCAUCCACCAAAUGGCAGCCCAAGGAGAACUGGUCUUGCUGCAACAGGAGCUUUCUUUUCCAGAUAGUGACAUCGACAAAUUUGACGAAAAAGGUUUCACGGCUUUGCUGUGGGCGUGUGCCAAUGGCCAGAAGGCUGCUGUGGAGUUGCUGCUGCAGUACGGAGCCAGUACAGAGGCGAGAGGAAACAACGGUGAAAACGCGCUCCUUUUGGCCGGUUGUUACGGUCACCACGAAAUACUGAGAUUCCUCUUGGAAAGGGAUAUGGUGGUGAACGGCUGUGACGAUCAAGGAAAUACUGCCCUGAUGUUUGCUGCUUAUAACAACCAUAGGAAAUGUGCGAGAGAUUUAUUAGAAUUUGGUGCUGAUUUGACAGUAGAAAAUGAAGAAGAGCUGACUGCUUUAGACUUUGCUGUGAGGCGUGGGAGCAAAAGUGUCCAACAUGUUCUGGAGCAGUACAUGCUCAACCUUCUGGAAGGUGAUGAGGAUACGUGAUGGAUUACAUGUAUGCGAAUGUUUGACGAAAAUGGAGUCUGUGUUUGAACUUGCCUUGUGUAAGACACUUGGGAGUGAGGUUGUGGGCGCUCAACUGAAUGCUGACAGUUAGAGAGAUUAUGACUUUUCAAUUGAAGGACACCAAAGGAGUUUGUCAAUCUGUUAGGCUAGCAUUCCCAAACAAUGAAGGGAAAGGAUCAGAAACAGAGACACUCAAAGUACUCAAUUAUCUCCACGCAUCAGCUCUGUUUAAUACUAAUCAGAUUAAAAAAAAGCAUUAAUGGGCGAUAUGAAUAAAGACUAGCAAAUGCUUUUACUUCAAUUCUGUACAGAAAGGCCUAGUGUAAAUGUACAUAAAGUUUUAGAUAAAAGCAUGUGCUAGUCUUUUACAUGUACGAACACAUGUAGUUGCAAAAAGAGGGGACAUUCAUUCGGGAAUGGUCGGUGAAAUUUGGCAUUGAAUUUUAUCUCAGCAGAUCACCUUGUCUGUUUCUUACAGCUCCGUACUUUACAUUUAAGUCUAAAAGUGCAUUUACUUAUAUUUGUAAAAUAUUUGAAUAAGCUGCCUUGUACGUGUAUACAAUUGUGCUGUGCCUUUUGUA